UUCAAUUGCUCUGUGUGUGGGAAGGCAUUUGCACAAUCGUCAACUCUUCAAACUCAUCAGAGAACGCACACGGGCGAGAAGCCAUUCCUGUGUCCUGUGUGUGGGAAGGCAUUUGCACGGUCAUCAACUCUUCAAACUCAUCAGAGAAUGCACACGGGCGAGAAGCCAUUCCUGUGCCCUGUGUGUGGGAAGGCAUUUGCAGACUCAUCAACUCUUCAUAGUCAUCAGAGAACACACACGGGCGAGAAGCCAUUCCUGUGCCCUGUGUGUGGGAAGGCAUUUGCAGACUCAUCAACUCUUAAUAGUCAUCAGAGAACACACACGGGCGAGAAGCCAUUCCUGUGCCCUGUGUGUGGGAAGACAUUUGCAAAGUCAUCAAAUCUUCAUAGUCAUCAGAGAACACACACGGGCGAGAAGCCAUUCCUGUGCCCUGUGUGUGGGAAGGCAUUUGCAGACUCAUCAACUCUUCAUAGUCAUCAGAGAACACACACGGGCGAGAAGCCAUUCCUGUGCCCGGUGUGUGGGAAGACAUUUUCCAAGUCAUCAAAUCUUCAUAGUCAUCAGAGAACACACACGGGCGAGAAGCCAUUCCUGUGCCCUGUGUGUGGGAAGACAUUUGCAGACUCAUCAACCAGGAACAGGCAUCAGAAGAGACACCAGAGAACGCACACGGGUGAGAAGCCAUUCCUGUGCUCUGUGUGUGGGAAAACAUUUGCACACUCAUCACAUCUUCAAACUCAUCAGAGAACACACACGGGCGAGAAGCCAUUCCUGUGCCCUGUGUGUGGGAAGCCAUUUGCAGACUCAUCAACUCUUCAAACUCAUCAGAGAACACACGCAGGCGAGAAACCAUUCCUGUGCCCUGUGUGUGGGAAGACAUUUGCACAGGCAUCAAAUCUUCAAACUCACCAGAGAACACACACGGGCGAGAAGCCAUUCCUGUGCCCUGUGUGUGGGAAGACAUUUGCAGACUCAUCAACUCUUCAAACUCAUCAGAGAACACACACAGGCGAGAAGCCAUUCCUGUGCCCUGUGUGUGGGAAGGCAUUUGCACAAUCGUCAACUCUUCAAACUCAUCAGAGAACGCACACGGGCGAGAAGCCAUUCCUGUGCCCUGUGUGUGGGAAGACAUUUGCGAAGUCAUCACACCUUCAGAGUCAUCAGAGAACACACACGGGUGAGAAGCCAUUCCUGUGCCCUGUGUGUGGGAAGGCAUUUGCACAGUCGUCAACUCUUCAAGACCAUCAGAGAACACACACGGGCGAUAAGCCAUUCCUGUGCCCUGCGUGUGGGAAGGCAUUUUCACAGUCGUCAACUCUUAACAGGCAUCAGAAGCCCCACGCACACGGAGACAAGAAGCCAUUCAAUUGCUCUGUGUGUGGGAAGGCAUUUUCAUGGUCAUCAAGUCUUAAGAGACACCAGAAAACACACACGGGUGAGAAGCCAAUCCUGUGCUCUGUGUGUGGGAAAACAUUUGCACACUCAUCACAUCUUCAGAGUCAUCAGAGAACACACACGGGCGAGAAGCCAUUCCUGUGCCCUGUGUGUGGGAAGGCAUUUGCACAGUCGUCAACUCUUCAAAACCAUCAGAGAACACACACGGGCGAUAAGCCAUUCCUGUGCCCUGCGUGUGGGAAGGCAUUUUCACAGUCGUCAACUCUUAACAGGCAUCAGAAGGUCAAGCCAUUCAAUUGCUCUGUGUGUGGGAAGACAUUUUCAUGGUCAUCAAGUCUUAAGAGACACCAGAAAACACACACGGGUGAGAAGCCAAUCCUGUGCUCUGUGUGUGGGAAAACAUUUGCACACUCAUCACAUCUUCAGAGUCAUCAGAGAACACACACGGGCGAGAAGCCAUUCCUGUGCCCUGUGUGUGGGAAGGCAUUUGCACAGUCGUCAACUCUUCAAAACCAUCAGAGAACACACACGGGCGAUAAGCCAUUCCUGUGCCCUGCGUGUGGGAAGGCAUUUUCACAGUCGUCAACUCUUAACAGGCAUCAGAAGGUCCACAAUGAU